GCCAGUGCCAUAUAGUAUGCAGCAACCGGAGGAGUCACGUUGGGGGAACGGCAGAAAGCAGCUAUCCGUUUACACUACUUUGCUCAAGCAGCUAUCUUAAUGAUCGCGAGCGCGGCGGACAUCAAGCAGGAGAAUGGGAUGGAAAGCGCCUCGGAAGGGCAGGAGGCGCAGCGCGAGGUGGCGGGAGGCGCGGCGGCAGGGCUGAGCCCCCCGACUCCAGCCCCGUUCCCUCUGGAGCCGGGGGAAGCCGCGGCCGGGGCGGGCCGCGAGGAAGGGGCGGCGGCAGAGCCGGUCCCACUCCACUCGGAACUUCUGGGCGGGCACCGCGCCGCCGCCGCCGCGCAGCCCCCGCUGGCCUUCUCGCCGGACCACGUCGCCUGCGUGUGCGAGGCGCUGCAGCAGGGGGGCAACCUGGACCGCCUGGCCCGGUUCCUGUGGUCCCUGCCCCAGAGCGACCUGCUACGUGGCAACGAGAGCCUGCUGAAGGCGCGGGCGCUCGUGGCCUUCCACCAGGGCAUCUACCCGGAGCUGUACAGCAUCCUCGAGAGCCACAGCUUCGAAUCGGCCAACCACCCGCUGCUGCAGCAGCUCUGGUACAAGGCGCGCUACACCGAGGCCGAGCGCGCGCGCGGCCGGCCGCUAGGCGCCGUGGACAAGUACCGGCUGCGCAGGAAAUUCCCGCUGCCCCGCACCAUCUGGGACGGCGAGGAGACGGUGUAUUGUUUCAAGGAGAAGUCGCGCAACGCGCUCAAGGAGCUCUACAAGCAGAAUCGCUACCCUUCGCCUGCCGAGAAGCGGCACCUGGCCAAGAUCACCGGGCUGUCCCUCACCCAGGUCAGCAACUGGUUCAAGAACCGCCGGCAGCGCGACCGGAACCCCUCGGAGACCCAGUCCAAAAGUGAGUCAGAUGGCAAUCCCAGCACUGAAGAUGAAUCCAGCAAGGGACAUGAGGAUUUGUCUCCUCACCCACUCUCAGGUUCAUCUGACGGUGUCACCAACCUCAGCCUUUCCAGUCACAUGGAGCCAGUGUAUAUGCAGCAAAUUGGAAAUACUAAGAUACCAUUAAGCUCUUCUGGAGUUUUGUUGAAUGGAAGCUUGGUACCUGCAAGUACUUCACCUGUCUUCCUUAAUGGUAAUUCUUUUAUUCAGGGACCCAAUGGAGUUAUCCUUAAUGGAUUAAAUGUGGGAAAUGCGCAGACAGUGUCACUGAAUUCACCAAAAAUGUCUUCCAACAUUGUGAGCAAUGGUAUAGCCAUGACUGACAUACUGGGGUCUACUUCCCAGGAUGUGAAGGAAUUCAAAGUCCUCCAGAGUUCUGCUGCUAACUCAGCAGCCACCACCUCCUACAGCCCCAGUGUGUCGUUCCCAGGGCUGAUAACCAGCACUGAGGUGAAAAGAGAAGGCAUUCAAACAGUGGCUUCCCAGGACGGAGGCUCUGUAGUGACUUUUACUACACCAGUGCAAAUUAACCAGUAUGGCAUUGUCCAGAUCCCUAAUUCCGGAGCAAACAGCCAGAUCCUUAAUGGGAGCAUUGGAUUCUCUCCACUGCAGCUGCCUCCUGUGUCAGUGGCAGCGUCACAAGGUAAUAUUUCAGUAAAUUCAAGCACUUCAGAUGGGAGCAUAUUUACAAGUGAGUCUGCCACAAUUCAGCAAGGAAAGGUUUACUUGAGCUCUCUUGCUCCCAGUGCAGUGGUAUACACUGUUCCUAAUUCAGGCCAGACUGUAGGAUCUGUGAAACAGGAAGGCUUGGAAAGGAGCCUGGUAUUUUCUCAGUUGAUGCCUGUCAAUCACAAUGCACAAGUAAAUGCAAACCUGUCUUCUGAAAAUGUCCCGGGGAGUGGCCUUCAUCCACUGGCCCCCUCGCUAGUUAAUGUAUCCCCAACUCACAAUUUUUCCCUGACUCCCCCUACUCUACUAAAUCCCACCGAGCUAAAUCAUGACCUUGGUGAUAGCCAGCCAAUGUCUGCACCUGUGGCAAGCAAAUCUACCGUGACCUCUGUCAGCAACACUAACUAUGCCACACUUCAGAACUGCUCCCUUCUUACUGGUCAGGACCUUUUGUCAGUCCCGUUGCCUCAGGCUGCCCUUGGGGAAAUAGUGCCUACAGUUGAAGACCAGGUAGGUCAUGCCAGCCCAGCAGUUCACCAGGAUUUUGUCAGAGAACACCGACUGGUUCUGCAGUCUGUAGCUAACUUAAAGGAGAACUUCUUACAGAAUUCUGAGAGCAAAGCAACAAGCAGCCUAAUGAUGCUGGACUCCAAAUCUAAGUAUGUCCUAGAUGGCAUGGUUGAGACAGUCUGUGAAGACCUGGAAACAGAUAAAAAAGAGCUUGCCAAGCUCCAAACUGUCCAGUUGGAUGAAGAUAUGCAAGACUUAUAAACUUUUAUUUCCUACACUCCCUUCCCUACUUUCUUUUGGCAUCAGCAGCAGAUCUUUUCGUGUGCCCCCGAAAGACAUAAAGCAUUUUCCCACUUAAAAGAAAACACUGCUUUUUUAAGUCAGUGCAUUCAAGAGACUUUGAAUCGAUCUGCAUGAAGAUCACAGUUGAAUACACACUAGUAGAACUGCAUUGUUGCAGCCUUUUUGUUCGUGUAUGUUUUCUUUUAAAUGGAGGCAAAGGAACAAGAUGAAAUGUAUCAAGUCAAAGAAUAUCUAGUUGGCAAUAUAAUUCUAAGGUCAAAAUGGAACUUGAUAAAUUUUUUAAUUAAAAAUUACACAUCUAACAAAAAUAUAGCUGCAGAUGGUUAGAAACAAUGCAAUUGUUUUUGUUUACUUUGAUUAUAUGGGCAUUGAUAAGAUUAAGAAACAGAAAUGGUACUCCAAACUAUUGUAAGGGUGUAUUUUUUGAAGUUAAGUAGCUUAAUAUAUAUAUAUAUAUAUAUAUAUGUAUGUGUAUAUGCAUACAGACACAUUUAUCUUUUUCAGCAUUUUUGAGAAAGUCUUGGUUAAAGUCUGUGCACAUUUCCAGAUGUGGUUGCUAGCAGUUCAAGGUAGCUGAGAAAGUUUGAAACUCCACUAAAAACUGAAACUUCAGUGUGAAUGUAAAUAUAUCAGUACUAUAAGCAAGAUUUGAGUAAGUACAGUGAAUUUUAUUUAUACCGUGUAUUUUUCUCUUAUACUUCAGGCGCUAUGAACUAAAAAGAAAAAUGUUUUCUUACUGUUUAAUUUAUUUUUAUUGUUUGAACAGGAAGUGAACAUUGUUUCCAAUAAAGUUUUACUUUUUGUAGGAUUUUAAAAGCAGUGACUUUUAUCAGGAGUCUAUUACAGUCAUUAUUAAUAACACUGAAACAGGAAUUCUAAAUCCCAGUAUUGGAAUUUUGGUACUUCUUUUCACAUCUUUAUUCUUUAUUUAGCAACUCUGUUUCUUUUAAAUAUGUUUUAUAUAGACUUCUAUGUGCCUUUUUAACUUGUGGCCUUUUUAUUAGUGGUAAGAUACAUAAGUGUCAACAGAAGCACUGAUUGUUCUUUUCUACUAUAUAACAGGGUUAAUUUCACCACAGAAUCACAUUAAGUCUGAAGAACUUAAGUUUCACUAAAUAUUAUGUAUAAUGUUUGUCAUGCAAAUGGAUAAACAACUAAUUAUUACUGAUGUUUUUCAUUAUAAUGAAAAUAACAGCAAUUAGAUUACAGAAAACCAUAUAAAAUCAAUUCUCCAGGCUAUGAAAACAGCCAUUUUAAAGUAAAGAACAAAUGUAUAUAUUCUGUUGAGCAGAAUUCUGUCCUGUUGGAACUUCAUUCUCAGUGUUUUGAAUUGCUUGAUAUACUAUGACACAUGAUUGUUGUUUGCACUCUAUGAUCAUGUCUUCUUUAAAAACAAAUCAUUUGGGUUUCUGUAAGAAGUUUGUUGGAUAAUGUUGUGAAUUAUGUUUAUAGUUACUAUCAGGACUCUGAAAUGCAUACAUUUAUGUAGUGAGUAAAGUUAUUUUCUGGUGUCUGAAAAGCCAGAAAAGUGAGAAAAUGGUAUGUUCAGAGAUGACUUAAAGUUGUUAAACAUGAAAAUGUUGCAUCUUACUUUAAGAUGAGAACAAAGGGUCCAUUCUAUAUCUCUACAUGUCCUUCAGCUGAACGUGUUGAACAAAGGCUACCGAGUACUUAAUUUUUGCUGUUAUUGCAGGUAGAACUUGAAGGCACAAAUAAAGAGCCCUAUGAAGAAUCCCUACCCCAUUAUUUUGAUAAAGAACUUACAUCCACUUUUUAUGGAAUUGGUGAAUGUUCCUAAACUGCUGAAACUACAUGGUUUUUGUUUUGUUUUGUUUUGUUUUGUUUGUUUUGACAGAGUCAGGUGUUUUGGAGUUCUCUUCCAUUCUACAAUACUUAUACAGUAGCUUGUUUGUUCUUUGGCUAUGUGCUGAUCAUGUUACCAAGGUUAAUUACAUGAUUCUGUAGUUUACAUAAAAAUGAUGUUUUCCACUUGAUUGCUGCGGAUAUCAAGAGUUUAUUAAUUAUUUUAAAAUACCCAUCCAGUAGGGAGAUGGGAAGGUUUGAAGAGUUAUAUAUGUUACAUAUAUAACUGGGAAAGUUUUAUAUGUCUUCCAAAAAUAUAAUAAACCCUCUCUUUUAUUUAGAGUUCUUCCUCAGUUCUCCCAUGUGAAAAAAAGAAUAGCACAAAAACCUCAGAUUUACAUAGGAACCCCAUUUAUAUUCCCAACAUAGUGUAAUUAUAACCUUACGAUUACUCCAGGUAGCUACACAAUGUACCAGGUAAGAAUCAAUGCACAUUAGAAAGAACUUACUGUUCUUUUCUUUCAGUAAAAUAAAGGCCAGUUGGUAUGUAGCCCAAGUAUAUGUGAAUGGAAUAAUAUAAACCCCAUGAUCUCCUUGCACAGAAUUGCAAAUGUAAUUUUGCAAUGCCAAGGGCCAGACCCAGAACCCUUGGAGUUCAUGUGGCAGAAUAUCCUUCUUAACAUAAACCAAUGCUUGAAAAUGCUGCAAAUGACCCUCUAAUGAUGCCUGAAGGGCAAUCAGAAUGGGGUAAAGAAUUCCCUUCACACCCCAACUCCUGCUACUGGCUGUGGGACUUUUUGGUGUGAGCCUAUGUAUGCACUCUGUCAGCCAGAGUUUGACAUUUAGCUCUUAGUUACAUCCAGUAAAGGACAGACUCUUGUUUGAAGAGAAGGUGCAUUUGUUCCUCGAGCAAGCAAGAGCCAGCUGUGUUGUACUGCAUUAUAUCUCAUGUAUAUUUGUACUAAAGACUCUGAAUUAUACACGUUUCAGUGCCUUUCAGGUGUUGUGAAAGGCAGGUAGAUGUUAUAGCCAUAGAUUUUUUAAAAUCUAGUGUAAUUGCACACUGACCUUAAAUUUCCCUGUAUGUGCCCUUAUAUCAUGCAUGUUAACAGUCAGAUUGUUGGGCAUGUGUAGCAGCCUUCCCUGCUACGUCCUAGACAAGUGUGCAUUAGUGCAUAGCCACAAGUUCUUCAUUCUUUAAAAUGUUUUAGCAGAUCAUCUCAUAUAAAAAAUAAUUCAGGAAAGCUGUGGGGGAAAGAAUUAUAUUUUACAAAUGAUGUUUCAAAGUCUUCCUAAAACUUAGAUAAUAGAGCCUAACAGUUAUUUUGAAUCUUAUUAGUAUAUUUCAAGUUAAGUAAAUAUUACCACCAUAAAUUUUAUUAUAUCAAAUUGCAUAGCAUGUGACUCUUGGCUUUCAGGGUUCUCAAAAACUAUUCUUUCAUUGCAUGUACUGUAUGUUUAGAGGCAACCAGUUAUACACUCAAUAUGGUUUUACUGUGCCUUACACAAAGAGAAAUUUUAUCCAGAAUGUAUAUCAUGGGGUGGGGAACAGAGUCUUUACUGCACUGUUAGGUGAUGGCACACAGCAUGUCCCAGAACAUUUCUGUGCUUAAUUACCCAACCAAAGAGAUCUAAAGUAUGUAUGUUGUACUGUAAUGGGGGUUUAUGCCUGGACAAUUAAGUGUUUUAUUUGUUUUCUGAAAUGAUGUGAACUUAUUUUUCUAAACACUAUGCUAAAUAAACUUUAUA